CAAGUGGAACUUCUUCUCCUCUUUGUCUUCUUGUUCCAACCCUCACCACCACUUCUCUGUGAUUUCCACUUCCUGUCUGCCCGCUCCAGUCUCCACUAACCACCUCAUUACCACUCUAAAAAUCCCUCCUUUCAGUUUCUAUUAAUGCCGGCUUUCUCUCCACCGAAUUGUAGAACAACACUUGCCUGCGUCUGCGAGAGGGAGAGAGAGAGAAGAAAAGAGGUGAAUUGCUGCUGAAGGGGGCGAAGGGAAUGGGGAGAGGGAAGAUUGAGAUAAAGAAGAUAGAGAAUCCGACAAGCCGGCAAGUAACGUACUCAAAGAGGCGAGUUGGGAUCAUGAAGAAGGCCGAGGAACUGACAGUGCUCUGCGACGCUCAGGUCUCACUAUUCAUGUUCUCAAGCUCCGGCAAGUUAUCUGGUUACUGCAGCCCUUCCACAGAAAUCAAGGAUAUAUUUGAGAGGUAUCAGCAAGUUACUGGCAUCGAUAUAUGGGAGGCCGAAUACCAGAGGAUGCAGAAUACUCUGAGGAAUCUCAAAGAGAUUAAUGAUAACCUUCAGAAGGAGAUAAGGCAGAGGAAGGGGGAGAAUCUGGAAGGGUUGGACGUUAAUGAGCUGCGCGGUCUUGAGCAAAAUUUGGAAGAGUCGAUUAAGAUUGUUCGAGAGAGAAAGUAUCAUGUGAUCGCUACGCAAACGGACACUUACAAGAAAAAGCUCAGAAACACCAGGGAAAUAUAUACAGCCCUACUGCAUGAACUGCACGAAUUCGAGGAUGAGAAUCAACGGUGCAGUUUUGUUGCAGAAGAUCUUAGCGGCGUCUACGACAGCACCAUCUCAAUGGCAAAUCAGCAGCACAGUCAGCCAAAUAAGCAGAAAAUAGUUUAUGAGUCUCAUGAUCUUAGCUUUGCAUGAACUGCAUUUUCUUCUACUUAUGAUAUACUGUGGAUUUGAUUAAUCAUGCAUUCAUGUUUUAAUAUCA